AUGGUCAACAUUUCAUCAAACAUAUUUGAUUAAAAUUAAUAAUUAGCCGUUAAAUCAGUAUAACUUUAAUACUUCCCUUGCUAACAGGGAUGUUAAGUAUGCGUUAAUACUAGUUCAAACUGCACUUAAUGUAUAGAUGGAUUAUAUUUAAUGUCUACUAAUUUAGCUUGUAUUUAAUCUUGCCCAACAUUUUUCUACCUAAAUUCAACUACUAACACAUGCCUUCCUUGCGCAUAAAACUGCAAAUAUUGCUAAGAUAAUACCACUUGCCUAAGCUGUAAUUAAGGUUAUUUUAUUGAUAGUAAUAAUAGUUGUAGUAGAUGUGACCCAGAUUGUCAUACUUGUUAGAAUACUUCAAAUUUUUGUACUAGCUGUUACAAUCAAUAUUAUUUAACAUCGGAUAACACUUGCAGUUAGUGCGAUUCUAGCUGUAGGACUUGUUAAAAUACUUCAACAUAUUGCACUAGUUGUAACAAUUAAUAUUAUUUGACAUCAAGCAAUACUUGUGACUAGUGCUCUCCUCAAUGCUUUUCUUGUAAAGAAAUGGCUAAUAAUUGUUUACAAUGCAAUAAUGGUUAUAGUGUUUAAUACGUAGAUAGUCAAAACUUUGUGUGCUAAUUAUAAUGUAACGAUGGUUAUUUUACUGCAUUAUAUUCAAAGAUAUGCACUCUUUGUUCUAAUAAUCUAUGUGGCAAUUGCAUUCCAGAUAGUUAAGCAGCUAAUAAUAAUUCAGGAUGUAUUAACUCAGUUUGUUAACCUGGUUUAUAUAAAUAUUAGAAUGAAUGUAGACCAGAUUGUUAUGGAUAAAGUUAAUAUGUCCCUGUUAUAGAUUCUGUAUUGGGAGGGAUUUGUUAGUAUUGCGAUUUGUCUGUUUGCAGUUAGUGCAUUACAGGUAAGAUAUGUAAAAAAUGCUAAAAUUAGUACUAUUUGAAUUCAAGCAAAUGGUGCUCAAAGUGCGAUUCAAACUGUAAUUAAUGUACUGGACCUGGUAAUUGCCAAUAGUGCAAUUAAGGAUAUUUCAUGCAGAAUGGAGUUUGUGUCGCAUCAUGCUCUUUAGGGUAUUAUGUUAAUGGAUAUAAUUGCUUGGCUUGCCAUCAAGGUUGUGCAAAUUGUAAUGGUCCUUUAUCAAAUUAGUGCACAAGUUGUACUAGUAAAUAUCAAUUAUUUACUUCAGAAUGCUUAAUUCGAUGCUAAUCGGGAUAUUUUAGGGAUAUUGAUAGAAUUUGCAAAUAAUGUACUACUGGGUGCGAUUAUUGUACCAAUAAUUUAUAUUGCAACACGUGCCUAAAGGGUUUCUUCAUCAAUUAAAGUACUCAAAAGUGUAGUUCAUGUGAUCCAUAAUGCUAAUAAUGUAACGGACCUAGCUUAUAAAAUUGUACAGGUUGCUAGAGUGGACUCAUUUUAUUUAAUAGCUAGUGUAUCACUAGCUGUCCAAAUAAUUUUUAUCUUGACUCUUAGACAAAUUUGUGUUAAAGAUGUACAGAUCCUAAUUGUAUGAUCUGUAAUUAAUCUAAUUAAUGUUCAUAGUGUUAAGAUUCUAACUAAUAUUUAGUAGAUUUUUAGUCAUGUUCUAGUAGUUGCCCAUCUAGCCAUCAAAAUUGGUCAAAAAAUAAAACAGAUUCUACUGGUUAGCAAAUAUAAAUUAACUAUUGUUAUUUAAUGAAUUGCUAAAUAGGAUAUUAAUAAUAAUAAGAUCAAUGUGUAGAAAAAUGUGGAGAUGGUUUACUUUUUUAUUUACCAUGUGAUGAUGGAAAUAAUUUGGAUGGUGAUGGCUGCAAUUCUACUUGCUAAAUUGAGGAUUAUUUUAGCUGUGUAUACUCAUCUAAAGAAAUAAAAUCUAUAUGCACUCUUAAUUUUAGCUAUCAGAUAUAAUUUAAUGAUUAAAAUUAAGUAAAAAUAAUAUAAAAUACCUAAUUGACCAACUAUUAAGAAGCUUAUUAAGUGCAAAUAGCUGGGUUAAAGAGCUCUCUUUAUACAUAUAACAUAAGUCCUAACUCUACAAACUCAAAAGAGCUUAUAAUAUCAUUCAAUUUUCUUAUCUAAGUUCCUACAAUUUAAAUAGCUACUAUCACUAUCUAUAACAGUAAUCUUUAGUUUACUGAUCAUCCAUCAAACAUACCUUAUUCAAUAAGCAAUUAGAAAUAAUCUAUUUAAUUUGAAUCUUCAUACGUUCCAUCCAAAACAACACAGGAAGUGACAUAAGGACUAACUAAAACAACAGAAGUGGUUUCAAAAAGUAUUGUUAUAACACUGAUACCUAUGUCAAUUUUAGGAAGCAUUAAUUAUGUUACUAAAGUAGUAGAUAUUUCAUAGUUGAUAUACCUCCACUUAUUUAUAGAUAUAAAGUAUCCUUAUUAGACCUAAUUGUUCCUUGAAAGCUUUAAAGAAUUUGAAUUUGAGUUUCUAAAUCCCUUUAUUUAUAUGUUUGAUGAACAUGAAGAGUAAGAUUCCUACGAUUCAUUUAAAGAAAAUGAUAUGAAAGCUACAUUUUUGAUUAACUCAGGAUAUCAAUUGAUGAUACUAUUUCUAUCAUUUACUGUACAUUAAAUUUUAAGACUGAUUUUCAGAAAGAAUGAGAAAUAUAAAACUAAAAUCUAAAAAUUCUUUGUAUUUAGAUUUUAUGCAGAGGUAAUUAUGUCAAUAUACACAUCUAUUUCUUUGUCAAUAUUUGUCCAAUUCACAAAUAUGAAGUCAAACGAUGGUCUGUAUAUUUUCAACUAUUUAGUUACGAUAAUUUGCAUGCUCGUAUUUAUUCCUCUACCUUUAGCCUACUUCUUUUAUAUGAAAAGAAUAUUUCCGAAAAGAAAAGAAGAGUAUUACAAUUCAAUAUUUGGAUUCUUUUGGUAAGAUAUGAAAGAAGGAACAUACUUUUAAAUGUGUUAUAACUGCUAUCUCCUAUUUAGAAAGCUAAUAUUUACAUUUAUAAUUGUUUAUUUUAACUUUAAUCCUAUAUUGUAGUGCAUGCUAUUAUGUAUUCCAUCUUUAGUCUUGGUUAUUUUCGUUUAUUUAAAGUAGCCAUUUUUGCAUAAAAUUGAUAAUUAUAAAGAGAUAGCAUAGGAAAUAUUCUUAAUAAGUGCAGAGAUUUCUAUUGCUUGCUUAAAACCAUAUGAUGACUAUCUUGAAUAAGAUAGAGAGCUUCAUAGUAUACCAAUAUUAACAUUUUUCUUACUGAUAUUUAUAGUGAAUUUCAUGGAUACGAUUUUAGAAAUCGUAUAAGCCAUAAAAUAUUUCAAGCUAACUGAAAAGAUUAAAUAACUUGUCAAAAAACUUAGAUAGAAAUUCAAAAAAAACUAAAUUUCUUCUAUUUCUACUUAAGGAAGCAUUAAAAAGCAAUCAUCUGAAAUAUAAAAGAAUGAAAAUAAUAAAGAAAAACUUUAAAAAAAUCAAUCUAUGUUUGAAUAUGAUGAAAGUGUUAAAAAUUAAAUGAAUGAAAAUUUUAAAACUUAGCUAAAGUCGUAAAAUACAGGAACACGCAUUAAAAGACUUUCAGUUUUUUAGAGUCCUUAAAUAUUCCCUUCUAAUUAAGAACUAACUAUGAAUACAUUCAAUCAUGAUUAAAAUUACUUAGAAUCAAAAGAGAGAAUGUUUGAUAAAAGAACUGAACGAAAUAUAAACAAUUAUAAUCAUUAUAAGUCUUCAGAAUCUAUUUAUUCUUAAAACAAUAUCUAAAACAAACAAUUUGAGCUAACAAACAAUAAAGAUAUUUAAAUAAAAAACCUAAAUACAAAUGAAUGCCAUUAUGAUAAUUUAGAAAAUUUAAUGACUUAAAACUAUUGCAAAUCAAAAUCACAAUUUACAAUCAAUGAAAAAUCAAAAUCAUAACUUACUAUCAAUGAAAAAGAAGAGUCAAUAAAAGAAAAUCCAGAUUAAAAGCUAACAAAGAUACCUACUUAUGGUGAUGUCUAGAACUUUAAGUUAGAAAAAAGAAAUUGUAGCAUCAUAUUAGAUUUAGAAAACGAAGAUGACUUUAAUAAAAGUAAAAAUAAUGAAUAGAAAAAUGAAGUAAGUAGUGAAAAUAGUAGUGAUGAUAGUGAUACUGAUAGUGAAAAUGAUGAUAACCAAAACGUAUAAAACGGUCAAAGAGGAGUAUAAAAAGAUAAUGAUGUUAAAAUAAUUCCAAUUAACUCAAAUCUAUUUAUAAAUUUUAAUAACCAAAAUUAAUUUGAUUAUCCAAUUUUUUCACCAAAUCACUCAAUAAAAAUGGAGAUGAUUAAUGGUGAAAAUACAAACAGAUCACUAUAAAUAAAUUAAGAAAACUGUGAUGAGUAAAAUAAUUAGUUUUAAAGAAAUAACAGAACUAAUAAAACAUACUUUAACAGCAGAAGAGUUUCAAAAUUAUAUUUAUAGCAAAAAGAAGAAUAUAUGAAAAGGAGAAGAUCUUAAAUAUUUGAUCCUUCGAGCAUUCAUUGGAAAUGA